CGUCACUCACUUGAUCCAGCGUCUCGCUAGCUAACUUGAUAAUCCUUUUUUUUCCUUUUCUUUUUUUUAAAAUAACACUUUAAUUGUGGUGAUAGAUUUUUAAAUGCAUGUAUUUUAACCAUUUGGACAUUUUUGUUUUAUUUAUAACAACGUGCCGGAUUUUUUGUUCCCAUUUUAGCAUCUAAUUUCCAGCUAAGACCUGCAUUAUAGUGGUCAUCACCUGCUUUUAGUAUGUGGGACUUCUCUCUGAGGCUGUGGAGCCGUCAUUUUGUUCUGGAUUUGUUUCCUCUGCGGACUUUGGAUAACACAUCACAUCUUCUGAGUGCUUCAGUGAAUGAAACGUGUGCUUGUAGUGGUGAUAGCGGCUUCUUGAAGGAGGUGUGUGUUUAUGCGUGUGUGUGCAUCGAUCAGCUGCAUCAGCAUGUUGCCACCUGUGAAGAAGGACCGGGUUAUUACUCAGCUCCCAAAGUGUUUUAGUGCAAAUGCAGCACUGCACACUAAAGAAGGCUUCCACCCGCACGUGAAGGCUGCAUGCCAGGUCCAGAAAGCAGGCAUAGUGAGCUUUAAUGUUGCUAAGGUCAUCGUCGUGGGUGAUGUUGCAGUUGGCAAAACGUGUCUGAUCAGCAGGUUCUGUAAGGGUGCGUUUGAGAAGAACUACAAAGCGACUAUAGGGGUGGAUUUUGAGAUGGAGCGCUUUGAGGUGCUUGGUGUUCCCUUCAGUUUACAGCUGUGGGAUACAGCAGGUCAGGAGCGCUUCAAGUGUAUCGCUUCCACCUAUUACAGAGGAGCACAAGCCAUUAUUGUUGUGUUUGACCUAAGCAGUGUGGGCUCACUGGCCCAUGCCAGGCAGUGGCUGGAAGAUGCUAUGAAGGAAAAUGACCCGUCCAGUGUCUUAUUGUUCCUUGUCGGUACCAAGAAGGACCUCAGUUCUCCUGACCUGUUGGCUCAGAUUGAGCAGGAAGCCAUGAGGCUCUCUGAGGAAAUCAAAGCAGAGUACUGGGCCGUGUCUGCAAAGUCAGGAGAUGGUGUGAAGGACUUUUUCUUCCGUGUGGCUUCUUUGACUUUUGAGGCCAAUGUUUUAUCUGAGCUGGAGAGGAGCGGGUCGAGGCAUGUUGGUGACAUAAUCAGGAUCACAGACAGCACAGAGACCAGCCAUAAACCAAAGAAGAAGCCCAACUGCUGCUGAGAUUGGAUGAAUAUCUGCCGGAAAUUUUCUGAAGCAACACGAAAUGGGACAUGCAACAGGAAAAUUAAGAUAAAAUGCGGACUGUACGGCUCGCUGUGAAUAUCAUGAGUAGAACCCAUGAAAGAAAGGUCACAGUGUUGAUAAUGACCUGAGAAGGAUUCAGCAAUAGGUCAAGAUGUAAAUUCUAAGUGGUUCCUGUAAACAGGCCUGUCAGCUGACUGAUCUGAGCAGUGUAAUCUCAGGAAUGUUUACAGCUGACUGCGGCGACAACAAACAGGCCAUUGUGAUGUCCCUGAUUAUGUAAACAUUUAUGAGAAGAGGAAGAUUAUUCUCCACUACAACCACCAUUAAAUUGCACUUUGUUGAUGCCUUUAAAACAUCCGUUUGAAGGAGUGUUUUUCUCCUGCUGAAAUGUCAGUGCUGGGCUGACUGCAUCUUUUUAAGGGGAGCGGGCCUUAGACGCCUCCUGUCAUGUGUCUCUCUGCUGCUAAUUUGAUGCGUACGCCAACUCCAGUGACCACGGUCACACCCGUUACACAUCCCUCUCCUCUGACAUAACGGUUCUCAUGAUCUUGAAAAUGGAGGGAUUGUUUGCAGGAAUGGGAAAAAGCAGCAAGCUCAAUCUGCUUCCAUUGAAUUUCGUCAGUAAGCCAGACAGCAAGAACGUGGGUGUGUCUUCAUAAGCGUAGAUAUAUUAACUCAUAUUAUACAGAUUCUUAAGGUAUUGAAAUCUUUCCAUGUUUUCCACACUUCCAGUGUUGUAAAUAAUAUAAAAGAGGCUAAAUUAAAUUGUUAUCAUCACAUCUCAAACUAUAAACCAAGGUUAAAUGGCAUUCUCUAUCCUACUGUUGACUCAAAGGCUGGAAGUAGGCUGCCAGUAAGAAAAUAAAAACAACAGACAAACGUGCCCAUCAUAUGUUAACACUCCCAAUUUGUUGAACAGACUAGCAAGAAUAAAACAUGAAGUUUCAUAUGAACACUUUUAUUAAAGGGAUCACAGGUAGAAAAAGCCAUCGGCAGUGCCGGAGACCAGCUACUGCCGACAACCAAUCACAGCCUCGCUGAGACACAUGCGAGAUCUCCACCUGGCCAGAAAUGUAAAACCCAGAGCGUUUACUCCAAAACCAUAAUUAAAAAGAUUAUGCAUAUUAUGGGACCAUGUUGCUUCGCACACAGCAAAAUUAAACACACCUCUGAAUACCAGUGCUGCCUGUUUGUACUCUGGCACAAACGGCAAGAGUAAAACUGAAUCCAUGAAUCAGGAGAGAACCAGGGUGGCCUUAAACUGUCGUGCAGUUCAGAACAUUAUACAGAGUUUAGGAAUAUAAGCAGUGGGAAGUCAGUCUGAUAGUAUAUUCGGCUGAUAGUGUUAGAAAAACUUUAGCUCAUCCACUGGAACAUUGGAACUUUUGAAAGCUGUGAUAUCAGUGAGAAAAGAGAUACUGACUCAGGCAGAAUUACAGCAGCAGCACGUGGAGAUCACAUCUUUUAAGAUGGCAAACAUCAUAAACCAGUAUUCACUGAACUGCACACAUUUAAUAUACAAGAAAUUCAGAUCUGGGUAAACUUUAAAAUCAACAUCUGACAGACUAAUGAAAGUUUCGUCAACAAUCUGCUAGUCAGAGAGCAGGUACUAAAAACGACAACUUUAAACUGAAGACAACUUCUGCAUAUUGAAGCGCAAGAAGUCAUCAAAAACAUCCUGUUUUCAGUGCGGAACAUCGUUAAUGUCCACACAGAACUGGCCACAGAAAUUCAGCAAUACAUUAGAGGCUAUCUACAGGAGCCAAUCACACGGUGUCAGCUGAUCAUAUCACAGCAUGUGGUGGAGACGAUUAUCUGUAACUCAUGCCUGACUGAAGCUGGCGUUAUAAAUCCUGUCACCGGGUGUGUCUGCUCAGUAACGUGUGUUUGCUUUGACAGAUGUGAAGAUUGAAGUCUUAAGAUUCAAACAAGAAAAAAAAGUCUUUAUUCGUUCUGACGCAUUUAUACAAAUAUUCAAUUUCCUCAUUGGCUUGGCAAAGCGCUCUUUUGGCAACUGCUCAUAAAACUCCGCCAAUCAUGACCGGGUUGUUGUUCCCCGUCUGUCAGACCUAUUUCCUUGAUCAAACUAAAACCAAUGGCAAAAAUAAAGAGAGACAGCUUGUCCUUCAAUGUCAGUGUAGGUCCAUAUCCUAUACGUAACUGCUUCCGUAUACUUCAAGUGUUUUUUUUUUCUCCUUUCUUUAUGUCAUUCUACUGACGUUUUGCAUGAUGUAUACAGUGUUAUUCUGACUGUACAAAAUACUAUGCAGCCAUAGCGUGAGGUGGCUGGAGGUGAGGUUAUGAAACAUUUGAUGGGUCGACGGGAAGACGAGAGAUGGGGUGGGCUGAUAUGAGCCGUGACACCAGAGUGAAAACUGCAGCUACAAUAUCAUGAGGUGAAGGGAAAACAUGAAGAGUCAAGGCGAA